AUGGCGGAUGAAAAGGAACCAACCAUCGACUGGGCCUACAUUCGAAGCACCGGACAACAAAUUGCUGCGCUCCAUCUUCGAUCUGGCUCUCUAAGAACCAAAGUCUUAGAGCUCUUCGAUGUCGCAAACAAUAUCGGGAAAGAUGAUCAUCUCGACGGCUUCACUGCAGCGGCACCCCUCACCCAGCAGAAAAGGACAGAAGUCGCCGCCCAGAUCAACAGCUUAGAAGCAGACGAGAAUCGUAACACAGAAGCUGUGGAGGAGCUCGAGGCUGAGCUGCGCGAACACUGGGCGAAAUAUGCGGCUUUUCAAUGUCGCGCGUUGUGUGAUUGUGUUCGACGGAAACUACCCCGGGAGCUGCGCAUCAUGGUAUUCAAAGCCUUGUGUGAGGAUGUGCAUCACACGAUUACAGACUGGAAUGUGCAGGCGCUGAGCACUACGCCCGCUGACCCAGUAGCGCUUGUGGAGUCGUGGAGCGGGCGAGAUACGGGCCAUUGCUUUGAAGCGCGCUUUGUCGGGCUGGAUCUCCAGCAAGAGAUUGUAGAGGCGUGGUGGCGCAUGUCUACUUUCGAGUUUAAGACAUCUCAGCUCAUACCUAAGUUCCUUUGCGGGGAUUUCUGGGGUACCACAGUUGAAGAUCGGAUACGAUGUGUUAUCAUAGACUUGUCGUAUCGGUGUUAUAAUAGGCGUUUCCCUUUUGCCUUGCAAGCCGAUCUCAAGACGACGGUGAAUGGAACCGAUCUUGAUGCUGAGCUGGGGUACAUAUCCAGGUUGAGCAAUACUUCAAAGGUUGGGCUCGCGAUCAAGAAGAGAGAUUUCAGGAACCCCAAGGCUAGUGUGGAACAAAUACAGCACGCUUUCCUGCACACUGCCAGUCAGUUGUUUCCGAGGCUUGAGAGGCUGCAGAAAGAUGGAUACCGCCUUUUCGUCCUUGUGGACGGAGAUAUCACGAUCGAAGUUGAAAAAUCGGAUCUCACGAUAGAGGGAUGGCGAAAGCAAUUCUACGACGCUGAGGAGGUGAGUCGCCUUCCCCGAGAUUGGGCAUGA